AUGGCGAGGUCAAAACAUACUCGACCUUGUGAUUCUUGUGCAGUUAGAAAGAUUAAAUGUGAUUUUGAAAAUCCAUGUAGUAAUUGCCAGAAACAUAACUUGACAUGCACAAAUGAUAGAAAACGAAAAAAGAGUGGACCUAAAAACAUUAAAGAGAAAACAAGAACAACGAUUUAUAAUCUUCAAACUAAAAUUCCAUUAGAAAUUUCAUUACAAUGCUUAAGACUUUAUGAAGCUUGGUAUUAUGGUAUUUGGCCAGUUGUUUCAGUAGAUGAAUUAAUUAAAAACGAUUCAUAUUCUUUAAUUUGUGCAAUUUCAUCAGUGGUUGUUGGUCAAUCUUUAUUCAUUUCCAAACCUUUAAUUCCACCACAAAUUAUGAAAAUAGAUUUUUUAAAUGAAUCUUUAAAGAAUAGAAGUAUGGAGCCAAGUACUGAAAGUGUUUUAACAUCGUUUUUUUUACAUAUUGCAUUUGGUUUAAAAGGAACUCAACCAGUUGGAAUUUGUUAUUUACGAGAAGCAAUUACAUUAGCUCAGAUUAUUGGCCUACAUAAACCAGAAACAUAUGCAUUCAUUGAUAGAAAAGAACAACACCGAUUAAGAAAAUUAUACUAUUUAUUAUUAGUGAGUGAAAGAUUUAUGUGCAUUGAAAUUUCAAUGCCAGUUAUAUUAGAACCAACAAUUCCAUUACCUUCAUUAGAUGAUGAAGAAUAUUCAGUUUUAUUAAAUGGGUUUAGACAAUUGGUUAAAGUGUUUGCUAUUCCAAAUAAAUCAUUUUUCAAUAAUUUUAAUGAUAUACAAUCAUCACAAUUGAUCAUUACAGUUCAACGACAAUUGGAUUCAAUUGGAAUAUCAGAAGUUGCACCAGAUAUACAAAAGACAAAUAUAAUAUUAAGUAAAUAUUGGAUGAAAUCAUUAACUUGGAAUAUAGCAAAGAAUAAUAAUUUAUUAGAACUUGAUGGAUGCUUGUCAAUAAAAUAUCCAUUUGAAAUUGCACAAUCGUUUUUAAAAUAUGAUUUACCUAUACUAUCAUUUGAGUUUAAUGGUCCUGGUGUUUCAUUAAAGUUGUUAUGUAUUGCUACAGCAUUAAUUGAUUCAAUAAAAUUAAGUCAAGAUCCAUCAGGAUAUGAAUAUGUUCAAAAAUUAUUCAAUAUAGUUAAGCAGUUGAAAAAUGAUAUUACAGUUCCAGUCAAGGAUUAUGUGGAAGUGGAAGAAGCAUUGAAUAAUUUGGAUUUGGUUCAGCUGUUGUUUAUAUAUUCACCAAGUACUAUACUUUCAUGA